AUGUAUGGAACAUUAGUUAAUAUUCAAAACAAAGUUAGCAAAGACAAACUUGUUGCGCUUAAUUACGAUUGCAUUCUUGUGAUUGAUACUGAAGGUUUGCUGUCUGUCCAGAAGACUGAUGAACCAUAUGAUAAAAAAUUGAUUCUUUUCUGUUUGGCUGUAUCCCAUUUGGUGAUUGUGAAUGUUGACGGAGAAAUUAUUGAGCCAGUAAAAAAAUGUGUUGUUCUUUGUACACAAGCCCUCCAGUAUCUCGGCGAGACGCGUGUUAGACGACCAACGGUACAUUUUGUUCUAAACAAAAGAUUUCAUUUAAAUGAAGAAUAUUGCAAGUCACUUGUUGAGUGCGUUCAAAAAACCUUGACGGAGAAUAACUUGAACAACGAAAUAAAUCUUAAAACGGAGAAUUUUCACGUUUUAUCACAAGCAUUCAACUAUAAACCAUUCAUAAAUUUGAAUGGCGAAUGUAAAGUAUCGUCAACCGUUGAAGCCUUUGUUACGAAUGUUCAAAAGCUCUGUCAGCAUUUUAUCGAUAUUUCAUCAGAUGUUAUUCGUGAAACGGGUGACAUUUUUUGUGUACCAAACAAUUGGAUCGUUUUUGCUAAUCGGGUGCUUCAAACAAUUAAAAAACAUCCAGAUUUAACCUAUUUUCAGGAAUUUUUUGAGCGAAAUCAAUACAAUAAAAUCCGAGAGGAUAUUCGAAACGAUUUUGAUCAAUAUUUGUCUCCAGCAGUAGCACGUUUUCUGUUGGAAAAAGAGAAACAAAACGACAGUGAUCACAUCAAACAAUCAUUCAAAAUCGAAUAUAAUCGUAUGUUACGAUUGCUCGAAGAUAAGCUCAAAGAGCACUGCGACAAUCAUGAAGCCACCGAUAAUAUUCGUACACGAUCAUUGAAAUUUAUGGAAGUACAAAUGAUUAGUAUCUUUCGUUCGUGGGAAGUUUCGGCUGUGAUGAAUUCUGAGCGAUGCAAAAGAGAUGAAAUAGUCACUGAAAUCGACAGCAAACUUCGACCAGCAAACAGUAUCACUCACAAAAAUUGCCUAUUGGAUAGACAAGCGGCAAGUGAAAUGUUUGAACUAGAAUUUGACAAUUUAGUGGCUCAAAUAAAAGAUAGGUUCAAAUCGGAAAUCGUAUGGACAACAUCAAUUGAAAUGGUCUCUCAUUUAUGUGAUGUACUCAAUACAGAUGCUUUACCAUCAGGGGACAAUUUUCUUGCCUACGUACCUUUUCUUAAGACUCUAGAUCCUGUACCAGAUCAUCCAAUCUUCAUAAAUGAUUGUUUAUCAAAAAUUUGCGCUGAAUGUGUAACUCGAGCUUCGAAGUUAGUACCACUAGUUCCACAUUCACUCGAUAUAGCUAGAACUAUUUCUGCCAAAGAAAUAGAACAGCGGUACACAUAUCUUGACAAUGAUCAAUUAUCAACGAUAUUUGUUGAAUUCAAUGCAAACACCAAUCAGAAAAGACAAUUUUUUAGGAAAGAUGCGCGUCAGCGAUAUUCAGAGCUCUUCCAAAAACAUUGGACAACAAUUGUUAAAUUAUCGACUUGUUUCGAAAUGUUAACCACCAGUAUCGAAAAAUGUUUAAGAUCAAAGAAUAGUGAUGAACCUUUCACUGAGAUUACGUUUAUCCAAGAGAUUAUAGGAGAAGUUAACAAAAUCAUCCAAGAAUUUAAUAAUGAAUUAAACGUGUUCAAUUUCUGUCUAUCGAAGCAAUUUCGUAGCUCUUUAUACAUCUGUACUGUCAUAUCGGCAGCUUUAUAUUACUACAAUCGACAAAAGACUCAUUUUCUAGACGUUAUCAAAGGAGUCCAUGAAAAUAAGGACAAAUCAAUAGAAAAAUUUAUUCCUUGGGUGAUUCUUGUAGAGAACGAUGAUGAACGUGUGUUGCCAUUAACAUCAUAA